CUUCUCGCCCCGCUGUCUCAUCUUUCUAAUAUCCUCUGACUCUCAACUAUUCGUUGACUACGUCCUUGGUACGGAGUGGGUUGACAACCCCCAGCUUCAAACAGAGAGUUGCCAGCUAUGAUAUUAAAAUAUUAUAUUACUGUGCUGAUAAUUGCUCUAACUGUGCCCUCAAUUAAGGGCCAGAGUUACAUCUGUGAUGAUACACCUGAGAAUAACAAUGGUGAAUGUGAAUGUAGCGCUGAUGUUUGCUAUUUUAAGUUUGUUAUUGAGCACCUACAAACAUUGACAGCAUAUGAAAAGAAUGCUACAAUGGGAUCACCAGGUAGAGUGUACUACCUUGAUAACCACAAUCUUAAACCAGCAACGAAAAACAGAAUGGUAUGUGAAGAUUUGAGCGAAUGCACAGAGACACACACAGUCGAUGGGAGCACAUACCGAUCAUUCUUUGCCAUUAACAAGAGAAUACCUGGCCCAACACUCAUAGUCAAUAAUGGAGCAACAGUUGUGGUUGAUGUAUUUAACUUUCUCGUCACUGAAGAGACCUCGAUCCAUUGGCAUGGUAUGCACCAGAGGAAGACUCCCUGGAUGGAUGGUGUGGGCUAUAUCUCCCAGUGCCCUAUUGAAGCUGGAGGAUCGUUUCGGUACAUAUUUAAAGCAGAACCAGCCGGCACAUUUUGGUACCAUUCUCACAGUGGUGCACAGCGAACUGACGGUCUAUUUGGUGCUCUGAUAGUGAGGGAGAGCGAAAUUCCCAUUCCACUUCCUGCUUUUGAGGAUAUCCCAGGUAAUCAUACAUUAACCCUUCUUGACUGGCAGAGAGAGGCGUCCUUGAACCUGUUUGUCCAAAUACAUUCAUCGCUGGGUUAUUUUGAAAAUGUAAAUGUUGACCAAGUGCCAACAGCUGCAAACACACUCUAUGUACCAUCGUGUUCAGCUGAUGGAGCUGAGAUUGGUCCCAUUCCAUACUGGUCUGGAAUCAUUAACGGAAAAGGAAAGUACAAAAAGAUUUCUUUUUCAAACAUCGAUCUCUCUACCUUUAACGUCGAGAGUGGCAAAACAUAUCGUUUUCGUUUGAUUGGUGCUCAGGGAAACUAUGCGUACAAGUUUUCAGUUGACAAUCACAAUCUGACACUUAUUGCGACAGAUGGCUAUUUUAUUGUGCCAGUUGUAGUCGAUUAUAUAAUUGUUCACACUGGAGAGCGUUACGAUUUCCUCCUUUCAGCUAGCCAUGCAACCAAAACAAACUUUUUAAUGAGAGCUGAGACACUUGAAGUUAACUGUGCAACUUUAGUCAGGGGUAGCAACCUUCAGUACAACGACGCUAUUGCUGUGCUUACUUAUGAUAAAAGUAGGGUCGAUUACGCAGCAAUUUCUAAUGAAUAUACAUCUGGAAAAAAGACUUGCAACACGCAGCAUGUUUGCAAAGUUGCAAACUGCCCAUUCAAAAACUAUAUUCCUAGUAGUGGUUUUGAUUGCUCAAACCUGCAUGUUCAAGAACUUACACUUUUGGUUCCGCCACCAGAAAAUCAACUUCCAAAACCAAGUGAAGUUACUAUGGAAUCAACAUGGUUUUUCAACUUUGGCUUUGACAGCACUGCCUUUACGAGCACUGUUAAUGGUCGCAACUUCAUUCUUCCUACCAUGUCACUGCAAACACAAGGCGACGGAGGUAUAAAAUCAGAAUUGUGUAAAGAUCUAAGUGACAGAUGUCAACCAGACGAAGAUGAUUGUGAAUGUGUCCACAUGAUUAGCAUUGGUAGUAAUCUCUCACAACGAACAGUUCGCUUUGUCUUUUCAUCUCUAAACACUACCAGAGAUUACUCAUUUGCACAUCCUAUUCACUUGCAUGGCCACAGCUUCCAUGUUGUGAAGGUAGGGUAUGGAAGCUAUUAUUCAAAUGGCUCGCUCAAAGACUCAACCAAAGACCUUACAUGUGGCGUGCCAUGCCUCAAGGCUCCAACUUGGACAGAUGGGAUCACACCUUACAUUCCAAUAACAAAUAAGACUAUUCAAAAAGACACUGUUAUUGUCCCUGCUGGUGGCUAUGUUGUAGUUGACUUUAUUGCCGACAAUCCGGGUUACUGGUUCCUCCACUGCCAUAUUGAACCUCACCAACUAGAAGGGAUGGCACUGGUUAUCAAUGAGUUAGAAUCCAGCAAAAUCCUCAUCCGUCAGGUAUGCAUACUUGUGGGAAUUUUAACUGGACAGUAGAGGAGUUCAAUAAGAACCUUCACUUCAAACCAGGAAGUAAAAAGAAAAGUGGGUUAUCAUAUACGGGUGCUAUACUCAUCUCCAUUUUUUACCGCUUGUUUUUGGAUUUUCCUGUGGAUACUUAAUUGGUUCUUGCUGCUUCGGCAGAUGCAAAAGAAAGAAGGGAGGUUAUAUAGAUAUGGAACAGACCUGAUACCAGACAAAAUUUUGAACCAUAUUUAGACCAGACUGCAUUUAGUAGUGUGAACAUAAUCAUGUUUUUGGUGCAUGUAUUACUUUCCCAAGUAUGAUGUGUAAAUUAAUCCAAAACUGU